CCGGGCUUGUUAUUUAGUCGAAGAAGGCCCGUGGAGAGAGAAGAGUUUUCGUGGAGGUGGAAAGGUGAGGAUGGGGCAUCCUUACCGGAGAAAACUGAACUCUUUAAACUGCAAUUGGACAGAAUUUUUCUCAUAAGACCUUCGUUCGUUUCUUUUGGAAGAGUGUCGACCGCAAAUGCGCCGUCCACCAUGCUUCGUACCGUCGGAAAGUCGCUCUUCGUUUGCCCUCCCCACCCUAGCCUGGAGCUUUGCCCUGCCGUUUUGUUCUUUAGUCGGCCACGAUGCAGCGGUAUACCGUACGUCCCUCAACCCAGGGACAAGUCUGUCUCUGCUAGAUCUGUCAUCUCCUUCUACAACCAGAGCGCCAUCGACAUAGCAGCAGAGAAGCCAUCCGUGCGACUCACCCCCACAACUAUCCUGUAUGCUGGAAAAUCUCCAGACAACAGCCACAUUCUGCGGAGUGCGCAGUACCUGUACAAGGAACUACCGGUCCGCGUGGCUCACCGCAUCCGUGACUUCAGACAUCUUCCCUUCAUCGUUGGCUGCAAUCCCACAAUCCUUCAUGUGCAUGAGUUGUACAUCCGUUCUUUUCACCUGCUGUCAGAGUUCCCUCCUGUGGAGGAUUUUGAGUCUGAAGAGAAGUACACCAAGCUGGUGAAAGACCUACUGGACGACCACAAGGAUGUGGUCACCCUGCUGGCAGAGGGCUUCAGGGAGAGCAGGAAGCACAUCAAGGAAUACAAGGUGAUCCAAGACUUCCUGGACAGAAUGUUGACAUCGAGACUGGGGAUACGAAUGUUAGCCCAGCACCACAUAGCCCUGCAUCAGGAGAAGAAUCUGUUUCAUGCACAGCCAAACUAUGUGGGGAUCAUCUGUACCCAGAUGUCCCUCAAGAAGAUCAUAGAGAAAUGGGCAGACUUUUCCAGACAAGUAUGUGAGUACAAGUACGGCUACGCUCCCCGUGUUCGUGUCCUCGGACAUGUGGGAGUUGUGUUCCCCUACAUUCCUCUGCCACUGGACUACAUCCUACCAGAACUUCUUAAGAAUGCCAUGAGAGCGACCUGCGAGCAGCAUGCAGACAACCCUGUCAACAUGCCUGACGUGACUGUCACCAUAGCCAACAACGAUGUAGACUUCAUCAUCAGAAUCUCGGACAAGGGAGGCGGCAUGCCGCGUGAGAUCCUGGAGAAGGUGAUGCAGUACCACUUCACGACGUGUGGAAGUGAGAUGGACCCGGCCAGCGAGAACCUGGACGGACUGGGCACCAUGAUGUCAGCCAUGAACGAUGGACCCAACGGGGCAGGCCCCAUGUAUGGCAAGCGCCAGCAGCCCAAAGCUCGCAACCCUGACUCCGAAGACUCGGACUCUAAUGGGUUUGGAUUUGGGCUCCCGACUUCCAGAGCGUACGCCGAGUACCUGGGCGGAUCUCUGACGUACAACACCAUGCAGGGCAUCGGAACCGACGUGUACCUGCGUCUGCGUCACAUCGACGGGAACUACGAAAGCUUCCGCAUCUGAGCACGUCUGUCGUUGCUGACUGACUACAAGUUGAAGGGGGAAAAGUACCUGCUACUAGGCAUAGAUCGAAAUCAAUGUUGUCAUCUUGCAUGUAUCUGCUUUUAAAGAAGUAGGGAUAGACUUUUGUGGUACUGAAGGCAUCUGGGUGUUUUCCUUUGUCAUGGUUGUAGAUGCUGUGUAGCUGAUACAAAACAGCGCGUCUUGUAUUAUAUGUAUAGAUGGUUGAUUUUAGACCAACUUUUUUUCUCCAUUAUUUUUUUUUGUUGAUCUUAUGAAACCUUGUCGCUUGAUGGGUUUUAUCUCAUAAAUUAUGGCGCCUUUUAUUUAAGUUGAAUGUUAUAGGGGGCCUUGUUUAUGAAAAAAGAUUGUUUCUCCUUUUUUUUAUAAUUGUUGAAUGUGAGAAAGGUUGUGAAUCAUGCAAUUAUGCUAAGGCCAGACAAAUUUCAUAUCAUAACUUGUUUCAUUGAUUACGUUUGCCAGAAUGUAUGGCUGGAAAAAUACACAAACUGGUGGUAAAAAGUCUU